GACGUCACACUCUCGCCAGAUGAGAGUUGGGUGUUCUCGCUUAGCUUUCUGCCUGGAGCCAAGGAAGUGGACAUGAGGGCAGUGUUGCGAGUCAUUUAAACAGUGAUCCCGGACUGCGGGGCUGUGUUCAGCAAAGUAGCACUGUUGAGCGAUAUCACAGAAAUAAUAUGAAUGUGUUUGUGGGAGAAGCAGCCACUGAGCAGGACCUCGGAGAUCAUGAAAGUGAGGAUUUGUCUAAGAACAACCAAUGUGAGGAUAGUGACAUCCUGGAAAAAACACUGAAGGAAGCUAGACGAUUGGGUAGUCGUGAAGAUCCCAUUAAACAAGAUCCAUCACAACCUAAAGGAAUUAUUUUGGAUAUGUUUAUGUCUAUCAGCAACAGUGAUGUGCAGAUCAGAAGCCAGCAGAAGGGGGAGCCGGAAUUUAGCCAAGACCAAAAGUUGGCAAUGCUUAUUGAACUUUAUGAGUCCAAACCUCUGAUCUUUCUGGAGCGUUUUCGUAAGGUCCUUAGUGAAGAACACCUAGAGUGCUUCAACCACCUAUCUGGGAAUUACACAGCAGAUUACUAUUGCAAGGAGAUAUGCAAAGCAUCCCACAAAAGGGUUGAUCACACAUUGAUCCGAAACAAGAGGUAUGCAGCACUCCAGAAGCUAAUCACAGCAGGUGAAUAUUUCAGCGAUGAGCAGAUGCGGGAACGGGACCCUCUUAUGUAUGAGCAUUAUGUGGGGCAAUAUCAGAGUGAGGAGGAAAUAAUGUCCCGUAACAGCAAGGACAUGUCUGAAGCCACCAGCCUCUCCACGGUUCUUCUUAACUCAUGUCAGGAACAGGCCCUUCAACUUAGGUUGGAGGCUCAGAGAGAACUGGAGGAGAGCUGCAUGGAGGAAGAAGAGGAUGAGGAUGAGGAAGAGAGUGAAAUAGAGUCUGAUGAAGAGUGCUCAGUGAACAGUGAGGAAAGAGCACUAAUGAGGGAAGAAUUCAUCAGUCGCAUGCACCAGAGAUUUCUUGAUGGAAAGGAUCGAGAUUUUGACUACAGCCAAGUUGAUGAUGACCCAGAAUUGGAUAACUUAGAUAUUGUAAACCAAGAUGAAGAAGAGCGUUACUUUGAUGAUGAAGAUCCAAAGGAGGCAGAAGCCGAGGACAGCCAAACAGAGGAUGACCAACAAACUAUGGAUGUAAAAGAGUGACACUAUCUUCUUGUUUGGUACCUUCCAAACAAAUAACUUCCCUAUAUUGAUGGUGCACAAGUGUCUUUAUUGAACUGUUAAGAAACAAUACCUUAUAGUAAUGUCUUUAGAAGGAUGAAGUGAUCCCAGUAUAAAUAAUAGCAUAUCACUUUGAGCUGCAAAAGUCAUAUGUUGCACAAAGGAACAAAGAUGAUAGUUGUUGUGCUGGAAACUGGCCAUGAGAGGGCAGCAUUGCCCUAACAUGUUAUAUAUAAUACUGGCCUGGAUUUCAUACGCUGGCAUUUUUAACUCUGUUGUUGAGUGUAAUGACCAGCUGCUCUUGUAUUGAACAGUUGUGAGGGGCUUAUUGCAGGUUUUCAUUGAGAUAUGUAAAAGAAAUUAACUCUUUGCAAUGUUUUGUUAUGUUCUGUUUGUCAUUUCUGUUCUUUAUCUUAUUUUAGUUUCAGAACUUCUGCUCUUCCCUCUGUGACUUUCACACAUUUGCCUACUUUUUCUCUCAAGCUUAAAUCAUCUGUCUUUUGUUUCUUUCUAUUUUCUCAGAGAAUUGUAAAUAUAAAUAUAUAAACUCAUACAUAAA